AUGACUGCCGAUCCCAUAUCGUUGUGCUUUUGGAUUUGUUUGCAGCCCGACCGCUAUGUCCCCGGCUCCCCCAUCUUCCGCGAGACCAGCAGCCCAACGCCCCACCCCGCCCUCGCGGGGCCUAUAACAUCGCCGCCCACUUCAGCCUCCUCCUCCUCCUCCACCGCCGCCUCCUCCACCAGCACCGCCGCCGACAACACCGCCAGCAGCACCAUCACCGCACCGGGAGCAGGAGCAGGAGGAACUGCAUCUUCCAGGAGCCGAGGAGCCAGAGCCAUGACGGCAUCUCUUGCUCAUGCCGCACAGGGUAACCACAGCAACAAUAGCAGCACCAGAACCACAUCCAACUCCAACUCCAACCCCAGCUCCAGCACCGGAAAGUCCAAGCCACCGGCUGGUUACAUGAGCACCCGUUCGGCGGCGAUGAUGGCGUUGGCAUUGGGACAAACACCGGGUGGCAGGAGCGACAAGUCACCGCCAGCUCCUCGAGCCGCAUCACCCGCCCAGUCGCACUCGCAGUCCCAAUCCCAGUCGCAGUCCCAAACGCAGUCACCACAUCCCGGUGCUAACCGAAGGCUAUCGAAUGCCUCUUCCCUACCCAGCAAUGUGUCCAGAUCCAAGCCAUCCACUCCGACGGCGACCAGGGCGGCAGCUCAGCUCAAUGGUUCGGGUCUCUUCUCCGGCGGCAGCAACUCCAGCGGCUCCGACAACGAUGGAUUCAGUGCGUCCGGCUCGUCGGCGGCCACUGCCCUGCGGCGUUUGUACUUCAAGAGCGGACGCAGCAUCAAGAACAAGAUCAAUGCCUCGACCACGUCGUCGACUCCGCUGAAUGGACUGCCCCUGAAUCCGGUGUCCAGUGCCUAUCACAACUCCGUUGGUGGACCCAUGCACAACAUGACGACGGCAGGCGGAGUACCAAAGCUGGUGGUGAUGGGCACCUCAUCAGCCUCGAUUCCGGACACCACCAUCAACACGUCCACGGACUCCGCCUGCACGCUCAUCACGAAUGUGACCCACACAGAUACCUCGGAGACGUGCGACUCCCUGGACCUGGGUGACAACUCGUGUCCCAGUGAGCCGCUCUUCAGCUCGCUGGAGGAGCCACUGCUCACCGCCGUCCACAUCGAUUCGGAGCACGAGGGCUUCGGCGGCAUGGGCUGCGGCAGGGGAGGCGCCAAUGGACGCGGCGCCACUGAGCUGGAACUAACGAGCUGUUCAAGGUAUCCGCCCAGGCCCGACAUGAAUCUCCAGGACAGCGUCGAGAGCCAGGAGUCCUGUUUGUCCAUCCUGACCGGCGAGCCGUCCUCCACGACGCCACUGCUCUCCUCGCAGCGACGCCACCCGACGGGCGGUCACUCGCCGGGUAGCCAGCGACAGGAGCGGGAGCGGGAGCGGGAACGGGAGCCCAGUACGGCUCCGCCGCCCACUCGAGUGCGGGAGCACUUCACCUUCGAUCCCCCGCAGUCACCGAAGUCGGCGCGCAGCAGCGAGAAGUCCACUAGCCACUUUUCCUUCAAGAACUAUGGUAAUGAGUCGGCAAAAGCCACCGGAGUGGGCUCGGGCACAGGAGCAGGAUCUGGAGCAGGAGUGGGAGGAGGAGGCGGAGGAGGAGGAGCUGGAUCCGGGGUUGGAGGAAACGGAGUUAUGGCCGCCAGCGAAGGCGACGAGGAGGACGACGAGCGCAGCGGCGACAGCAUUGGCAAUCGCAGCAAGAAACUGCGACCGCGGGAGCGUGACCCCAACCACAUCUCGCCCAGCGUGUCGCCCUCGCACAGUCGCCGGGCCAGUCCGAAGCGGGAGAAGCGCCGGACCACGCCCAUUGCCUCCACGGGCGCCAUAUCCAAGGUCAGCUCCGCGCCGCCCACCAUGAAGGAUGUGAACUUUUUCGGUAGCUCCGGCAAGCAAAAACAGCGACAAUCGCAACAGAACAUUCCGCCGCACCAACUUUCACCAUCGGCGCAGCAGCGCAAGUACUCAUCCAGUUCCUCGAGCGGCAGCAGCGAACGAUGCCUGCGGGAGGCCACCGGUCCCGGCACCAUGUUCCCCUUCGAUCGGGAGGCCCUGGACUACGAGCGCAUCCAGCGGGAGUGCUUUGCUCCCAGCUCCACGACGGCCAGCAACAGCAGUGACUCGGAGGCGGAAAACUGUUCCGUGUAUGAGCGCAAAUCGGGUGCCGACAUCUUCCAGCAGUACUCGCGCUUGAGCCACCAGGAGCAGCUGCAGCAGCAUUACCAGGAGCAGCGCGACUGGGAGCGCGAUCGACCGCCGUCGCGCAAGAACUCCAAGCGCAUCCGGCCGGAUUCGGUGAUCCACACAACCAUACGGGAGAACCAGCAGUAUGUGCCGCAGUCGGAUGCCUUCUAUCCCCAGGCCAAGUCCUCCUCCUCGCCCAGCGAUCACUCCUACGCCGAGCUAAACAAGUUCGAGGACAUUGCCAGCAAGUUCGAGCAGAUACCGCCCAAGCAUGGCUCCAUUUCCGUUUCCGGUUCCGGUUCCGGAUCCGGUUCCCUGCUGAAUCUGCACCACAAGAUGCCCAGUCCGGGCAGCGAGUCCGCUGUCAGUCCCACGGACUCCGCACGCCGCCGCUCCUUCAAGAACAAGCAGCGCCAUCAGAAGGAGGAGCACUUCUACAUCCAGACGGAAGAUCGCAACGCCGCUGGCAAUGGACCCAUCAACGUGACCGCCAAUCCGCUGGAGGCGGCCGCCGUCUGCAAGCAGCCACGUGCCACCAUCGUCGUGCAGCAGCCCUCGUUAAGUCUGGACAAUACAGUCGAGACGCUGCUAAUCAAGAACGAGGGGGACUUCAUCAGCGUGGAGCAGGGCAAGGAGCUGGUGGCUCGCAAGCGCAACUCCCAGCAGCUGGCCCAUCCGCCCACCCACUUGCAUCACCACCCCCAGAGCCACGCCCACAAUCAUCACACCCUCCAGCAGCAGCAGCAGCAGCAGCAGCAACAGCAGCAGCAGCAUCAGCAGCAUCAGCAGCAGCACAAGCGGGACGAGAACAUGAGGCAGCUGCUGGAUGUGACCAACACGCUCACGAUUGAGGAGCUGCGCGACUUUGAGAUGCGAUAUGGCUCACCACAUCACAGCCGCUCGCAAUCGGUCAAGAUGCCCGGCAGCCGAGCAUCCGGAAGGCCAAAUCAGUUGUGUCUGCCCCAGCAGAGAUCCAGGGUGGCUUCCAUGCCGAAUACCGGCGUAGAGGAGGAGUACUACAGACUGCGACACUUCUCGAUAACCGGCAAGGGUGUGGUGAAUCGCGGUGACUCCCUCAAGAGCCGACGCAGUCGCUCCAACAACAGCGUGGCCAGUUCCAACUCCAGCACGGAGCACCUGACCACCCAGCAGCAGCUGUCCGCCCCCGCAUCCGUAUCCGCCCGAACAUCGCUGGCUUCCAGCCGGGAGAGCAGCACCUCCAAUCCCGGCAACGGUCCCUACAGGGUCCUGAUGCUGGGAGGUCCUGCGGUGGGCAAGAGUUCGCUCGUCUCGCAGUUCAUGACGUCGGAGUACCUGCACGCCUACGACACGAGCAUCGAUGAUGAGUCUGGCGAGAAGGCCGUUUCAGUAUUACUCAGUGGCGAAGAGUCCGAGCUGAUAUUCAUCGACCAUGGAUACACCGAAAUGACUCCGGAUGAGUGCCUGACCAACUACGAUCCGCACGGUUACUGCGUCAUCUACUCGGCCGCAGACAGGAGCAGCUUCAGUGUGGCGGAGCAGGUGCUGCAGGUGCUCUGGACCAAUCAGAACAUCGCCCAGAAGGCAGUCAUCCUGGUAUCGAACAAGGCCGACCUGGCCAGGAGUCGACUGGUCACCUCCGAAGAGGGCAAGGCCAUGGCCACCGCCUACGAUUGUAAAUUCAUCGAGACCUCGGUGGGCAUUAAUCACAACGUGGACGAGCUGCUGGUGGGUCUGUUAUCACAGAUACGGCUCAAGCUGGAGAAUCCCGAAAAGUCCAGGGAUCUUUUCCGAAAGCGUUCGAUUCGCAAGUCUAAGAGACGCGCCUGCUCGCCGCUGAAUGCUGGCUGCCUGAAUGCCAAUACACCGCUGGGUCCGCUGGGGGAGGCGGUGGCCACGCCCCCAGGCAGUGCCCAAAGCAGUCCCCGCAAAUACCGUGGAUCAAGGACCUCCACCAGCCUGAAAGUCAAGGGCCUUUUGGGCCGCGUGUGGACUCGGGACUCCAAGUCGAAGAGCUGCGAGAAUCUGCAUGUACUCUAAGCACCGAAAUUAUCCACAGUGUAACCCACAAGUUUCCUAUAGAGUAUGCAAGAUCCUAAGUUAAAGAAAAAACAGACUCGACUACUACCGCGGGUAUUAUUCCCAACUGUACAUAUUGUGCAUAAGUUUAGCUUUAAUUUACGCUAGUCAUU